UCAAAGAGCCCCGAUUCUUGCCGCCCUGGGAGCCAUGCGCUGCUGUCUGUAAUGUCAGCGGAACAGGAGAAGGACCCCAUCGCGCUGAAGAGAUCCCGAGGUGGUGACAGUGGAUUGGAUGGGUUAGGAGGACCAGGAGUUCAGCUUGGAAGCCCUGAUAAGAAAAAGCGCAAAGCAAAUACACAGGGGUCAUCAUUUCCUCCUCCAUCUGAAUAUGCUCCACCACCGAACCCAAGUUCUGACCACCUUGUAGCUGCAAAUCCAUUUGAUGACAACUAUAAUACUGUGUCUUAUAAACCACUUCCUUCAGGAAAUCCAUAUUUUAGUAAUCCUGGUUAUCCUGGCUUUGGAGGCUAUAACACUUUCAGAAUGCCACCUCACAUGCUGCCCAGAGUGUCCUCACCAUAUGGUGGUUCUUACUCCCUCAGAAAUCAGCCACAUCCUCUUCCCCAAAACCCUGUUGGCAUGGGUUUUAGCCGACCCCACUCUUUCAGCUUUGGUCCGCAUGAUAAUCCAGGUUUUGGGAAUCAACCGCCAUAUAGCAGUGGUCAGAUGAAUCAAAAUGUCAAUAUGCCUGCUCAACAUUUCAGGCCAAAUCCUGGGGAGAACUUUGGCCAUUCAGGUCAGAUACCUCACCCUGAUGUGCCAACUAACUUUGGUCCUGGAAACAAUCCAAAUUUUCCAAAUUCUCAGCUAGAAUCAAACCAUUCUUUUGUUCCUCCACCAAACACGUACAACCAGACAAAAUCAUCAGCACAAAAGCAAGACUUUAGUCAAGGUGCAAGCAAAGCAUCCAGCCAGAACACUGCUGCUCAUCAGCAUCAUCAUAGGACAGAGGACGUUGUGAGUCAAGGUAACAGUGAACUGAAAAACGUUACUCGAAACAAUGUGGUAAAUCAGGACAACAGCCAUUCUAACAGUGCUGAUAACACCAAUGCUGGCCACUCAAAUGGGACUCAGAGCAAGUCCCGCCAGCCUCGAGGUACUGCUGAAGGGUGCAACUCUGAAAAGAGCAGCAAAACACCCCUCCAUCCCAGUCGGCAUGGACACUCGUCCUCUGAACCCGUCUACCCAUGUGGAAUUUGUACACAUGAAGUCAAUGAUGACCAGGAUGCCAUCCUGUGUGAAGCCUCUUGUCAAAAAUGGUUCCAUCGGAUCUGUACAGGCAUGACAGAGUCAGCCUAUGGCCUUCUCACGGCAGAGGCAUCGGCAGUGUGGGGCUGUGACACUUGCAUGGCAGACAAGGAUGUGCAGUUAAUGCGCACGAGAGAGACUGCAGGACCACCUGCACUGAACACAGAGGGCUGACAGCCUGAGUGGGUGCUAGUGGAGCAAAUACUUGCUAUGAAAAUUCGGUUACAAAUUGGGUACUUCACUUUCUGCAGACAAUCAGUUGUGUUUGAUUGCUGUCAUCUUUUUUUCCCUAAUCUGUUUUCAUUCAUAAACUUCCAUCUCAGCUUUUGUACUCUUAGUUUUAUGUGUGCAAAUGUUUUACAAGAUGGAAUAUUUUUUGUUUCUGAUUAAACUGUAACUGACAAUUGAUCGGAAGUAGGAUGGCAUUGACAAUAUUAUUGAAGGAAAAAAUGUGCCUGUGUGAAUAGCCCUAAUUUGCUAGUGUGUAUUAAUGUGUUAACUAACGCUAGCAUUUAGUGCUUGGUUUUAAUGGUACUAUAUUUGCAAGUACUCAUUACUUUGUUUUUUUCUUUUGGCGUGAAUGUCUGUUAUUGAUGUUCUUGAUAGCCUUUCUUUGAAUAUAGUAGAGAUGACAUGGAGGAAUGUGCAGUACUAAUAGUUGUUAUUUUAGGGUAAAUACAGAGAAUUUUGUAUAUGCUUUUUCCUAUUUUUGAAGCAAAGCAUUAAUGUGCUAUUCGAAAAUCAUGAAUUCAUGCUUAGUAACAUAAUGAAAGCCACUAACUAUUACAUAUUUCUGUUUCCUUGAAAAGGCAAUAAUCUCUUGACUUCUCAGCAAUUACUUGCUGAAGGCUCUUUAUAGGUCUUGCAUUAUUUGGAAAUUGUUGUGAAAUGGGAUUAAAUUGGAAAAAGAACAUAUUGAGUUUAUGAAGUCUACUGCUUUAAAUCUAGAGAAUGCCAAAACUAAGGUUACACAUGUAACCUUAAUUCAUUUAUCUCGAGGACAUACCUUGGGAUACAGUCUUUGCAUCUGUCACGGUUGUGCAGUCACGCACCUCUCUCUCAUUCUUUCUCACUGAUGGUUCCAGUCUCCUGCCUCAGUGCUGCCUGAGAAUUGUGGAUGAAAUAGUGCACGGAAAAUCCUGCCCAGUUUCUAAGGCUGGCAGCUCCAGCCUGCUCAGUCACCCUGAGCUUACACAGUCCACUUGGCAUGAAGGAGGGAGCAAGGCAAUGGAGUGUGCUCUGCACAGGCUCUGAAUUGCAUGAUAAUUUGGCUAGCAAAGUUUUGAAACUAAAUUCCCACCACUGCCUAUGGCCAGAGGGGGUGGGAAAUCUAAGGUGAGGAAAGAAAAUACAGCUGUCAUAUCAGGUGAGUUUAGUUCACAUCAGAACUAAGUAGUCAGAACUUUAUCUCCUUUGAUAAACCUGAUAUCCUGCUAACAAAUAUGAAUGGCACUAGAGCUUCAUAUGUGAUGCUAAGAAAUUCUAUUUUAAUAAGGGUGAUUUGAUCUUAUUCUUGAUCUUAAAAAUAACUCCCCCUUUUUUUUAAAUGUUGGGAAGCAUCCAGCCUUGAACACUUCAGCCUUAGCAGUGUGAUGAAGUUGCAUGUGCAAUUGAAAAAGUUUAUUUUGAGAGAAAUGUUUUGAAUUAAUAAAAGGAGGCACUGUGAUAACAGAUUCUGCUUGGAAUAUGUACCACUGUGCUGGAAGCAGUCUAUAAACAGCAAUUAAAUCAUAUGUCAAGCUUACAGGUACUAGUCAUGGUAAUGACUUUUAAUGUGAUAAAUUUUUCAGAUCUGUGAUGAUGAGUAAUAUAGGAGUUUAUAGAGAAUACAGUAAUCUAAUAAAGAGGUAGUUUUUAUGGUAAGCCAUGCUAAUGAGUGAAAGUAAGGCCUGUUUGAUAGUUCACUAUUGUGUUUGAUUUUAAAUGGGCUCUACUGUGUACAUUCCUGGAAGAUACUGUGCAAAUCUACACAAUUUGUUUUAUUUCAAAAGUGAAAAGUUUUGCUGUAUAAGUGCAGUAUUACCCUACCUUUUGUUUUGGUUUCUUUUUUUUGUUUGUUUUUUGUUUGUUUUGUUGUUGUUUGUUUGUUUUUGGCUUGCCUCUCAUCAGGAAAAAGAAAAUAAUGUCUAAAGUCUGACAUAUUUCGUAUCUUUAAAAUUUUCCUGUAUGGGGAUAUAAAGUGUAAGAUAGAUCCAGAGCUUCUGUUUUCAUCACUGGUUGCUUUAAUUUAGUACAUAAACUAGACUUAAUCGUGUGUUUUUUAGAGGUGUGAUUUUAAAAUCACCAACAAAAAGCCAAACAAGCAACAACCUCUGUUAGAGAGAUUUAUUCUUCAGUAGUUUUCCUAAUGACUGACAGACUGUUUGAAUUUGCUUUUGGUAUCUGAAGUAGUAAUUAAACCAAACCUUGUUUAGAUAGAUUUGUUCCUCUGGGAAUCAGUUUAAUCUCUGCAACAAUUAGCACUGUGAACAUAAUGGAGCUGGUUCACACCUACAAUAAUGUAAAUGAAAUAAAAAUUUUGCUCAGUGAAAAUUCAA